AUGAAAGACUUCACAGAGAUGGGAGACUUCGUAUUCUUUUAUGAAUGUGUGAUAAAGUGGGCAUUGUUAACGCAAGAAGUCAAGGAAGGUUUUGAAGAAUCAAGAGCACAAAAGAGGCCUUCAAGGCUUUCAUACAUUAAUGGCUUAACUCAAGUUAUUGCUAAAGUGCAGGAUGCGUGUUCUAUUGAAGAUAUUUUCCCUGUGGAAUUGAUACCAAAGAUAUCAGUUGUUAGUAUACCUAGUGACCAAUGUGAUAAUAUCAAUUCUUCACCUUCAAGUGAAAAUCCUGGGUAUAAUAAUUUCACCAAUAAUUCUGAGCUUAUAAAAGUCAUUCAGAAACUGAUAAAAUGUUACAAUCAGAAUAGUACUCUUGAUAACCUUAAUGUUGAUAUACUUGAAUCAGAAAAUCAAAUAGUAAAGGGUUUGAUAUAG